CACGGGUCCUUCCGUCGUCAACAUCAGAACGACACGUGAACAUUGGUGGUCAGGAUGGGUCGCUCCUCCAAAGACAAGCGGGACAUUUACUACCGUCUGGCCAAGGAGGAGGGCUGGAGGGCGAGGAGCGCCUUCAAGCUGCUGCAGCUCGACCACGAAUUCAACCUGUUCACAGGUGUGAACAGAGCGGUGGAUCUGUGUGCAGCUCCUGGCAGCUGGAGUCAGGUCCUCAGUCGGAAACUCAGAGGUCGGGAGGAGAAGGCUGAGAAGGGCGCAGGGGGUGAGGAGGUGAAGAUCGUCGCGGUGGACCUUCAGGCCAUGGCUCCUCUGCCAGGAGUCACUCAGAUCCAGGGAGACAUCACCAAGGUGUCGACCGCUCAGGAGAUCAUCCGUCACUUUGAGGGUCAGCCGGCCGACCUGGUGGUGUGUGACGGAGCUCCAGACGUAACCGGGCUCCAUGAUGUGGACGAGUACAUCCAGGCUCAGCUGCUAUUGGCUGCUCUGAAUAUCACCACUCACGUCCUGAAGCCUGGAGGAACGUUUGUGGCCAAAAUCUUCAGAGGUAAAGAUGUGACGCUGCUCUACUCUCAGCUGAAGAUCUUCUUCAGUGGUGUGACCUGCGCGAAGCCUCGCAGCAGCAGGAACUCCAGUAUCGAGGCGUUUGUGGUGUGUCAGAAUUACUGUCCUCCUGAAGGAUACGUCCCCAACAUGUCCAACCCUCUGCUGGAUCACUCCUACGAUGUGGACUUUAACCAGUUGGAGGGUCCAAACCGUGUCAUUGUUCCCUUCCUGGCGUGCGGUGACCUCAGCGCCUUCGACUCAGACAGAACCUACCCUCUGCAGCUGGAUGCUGAUAAACAGUACCAGUACACACCCCCGACUCAGCCGCCCAUCUGCCCCCCCUACCAGCAGGCCUGCCACCUCCGCAAGAACAACCUGCUGUCCAGAGAGGACGCUCCAUCUGUCUGUCCCAGCCAGAGUCAAAACGAGCCAGAACCACCGGCCGAGUCCACCUGAUCCGCCUCACCGCUGCUGCUUAUUGGUGGAAAAAACACCAAGGAGACAAAGGACAGCGUUGUCAUUAAAGGAACAGUCUGGCAUUUGGAGGAAGUCUCUUCUUUUCUAACAGAGAAGGAGAUGGAUAUCAGUUUUAUUUCUGUGCAUGCAGCACAGAGACAGAUCGAGGGGAAGACUGUUGAUCUACUGCAGUAUCCUCCAUUUUUCAGCCUUUGUGCUAUGCUAGGCUAAACAUGUUUUGGAUCUCUGAACCAGAUUUUUGUCCAAUCAGGGGAGAAUGUUUUUUAUUGUUUUGUCUGAUUUUAUGUAGAGUUAUUGUGACAGAUUCUUCAUCCAUCAGGCUGAAAUGUUGUUUUUUGACUCUCAGGGCCUCCGUACUUAGACCUUCAUCAGGCAAAGUUAAU